AAAGAUUGUAACGCAUUUACCCUUUCUUUAAAAAUGAAUAUUGAAUUAGAAGCUGCUGUUGAGGAAAUUGUCAAGCAAUUCGCUAUUGACAAGGAUUUCCUUGUCGAAGCAACUAAACAUUUUCACGAAUCCAUGAGCGCUGGUUUAGCAACUUCUACCCCAACUAGAGAUUACAUGCCUAUGAUUCCAACUUAUGUAACUGGAAUUCCAACAGGAAAAGAAAAGGGAUUGUACUUGGCCGCAGACUUGGGUGGUACCAACUUUAGAGUAUGCUCCAUCCACUUGGGUGGUGACCACACAUUUGAAAUGAAGCAGUCCAAGUACAAGAUUCCUGUGGAUUUGAUGCAAGGUGAAGAUGCCACUGCCGAUGGUUUGUUCAACUAUUUGGCAGAAAAGGUAAAAACUUUCUUGGACCAGCAUCACAAUGAACAUGCUGAACAGUUGAAAUUGGGCUUUACCUUUUCUUUCCCAGUGAACCAAACUGCCUUGAAUAGAGGAACAUUGAUUCGUUGGACCAAGGGUUUUGAUUUGCCUGAUUGUGUAGACAAGGAUGUCGUCGAAUUAUUGCAGAAGCAUAUGGAAUUGUUAGGUGUCAAGGUUCAUGUUGCUGCUUUGGCAAAUGAUACUGUUGGUACCUUAUUGUCUAGAGCAUACUCUAAUGAUAUUUCCAAGACAAAUUCCAAUACCGUUGUUGGUGCCAUCUUUGGCACAGGAACGAACGGAGCUUACUUUGAAACUUUGAAAAACAUUCCAAAGUUGAAGAAGGAAGAUAUACCUGAAGGAGCCAAGGGUAUGGUGAUUAACACUGAGUGGGGUUCGUUCGACAAUACAUUGAAGAUUUUGCCUUGUACCAAGUACGAUAAACUUGUUGACGAUGAGACUGCAAACGUCGGCUAUCACUUAUUUGAAAAGAGAAUCAGCGGUAUGUUUUUGGGUGAAUUGUUGAGAGUUGCCUUAAUGGAUUUAUUCGACCGUGGCUUGAUCUUCCAGGAAUUGUACAAGGCUAGAGGUGGUACCUUGCCCCACAGAAUUUUCGAACCAUGGCUUAUUUCUGCAGAGGUGUUAUCUUAUUUACAAAUUGAUGAUUCCACUGACUUGAAGAUGUCAGAAUUGGUCUUGGAAAACCACUUGAGAUUGCCAACCAACAAAGAAGAAAGGCUUGUUAUUCAGAAAUUGACUCAGUCAAUUUCACAUAGGGCUGCAUAUCUUUCAGCUAUUCCAUUGGCAUCAAUUGUUGCUCGUGUUCAGGAUCAAUAUAAGGAUGACGAUAGAGAUUUCGAAUUUGGUUGCGAUGGUUCCGUUGUUGAGUUCUAUCCUGGCUUCAGAUCAAAGAUUUUGGAAGCAGUUGCUUUGAUUGACCCAUUGAAAGGUUCUUCGAAAAAGAUCCACCUCAGAAUUGCCAAGGAUGGAAGUGGAGUCGGAGCAGCAUUGUGUGCAAGUGUCUCCUAAUUCAUCUAAUAAUGAAACAUUACGACUUCUUGUAUGAGCCAUAUCUCUAUCUAAAAGCAAAUGCAUAUUUUCUAGUUUGUAAUUUUUAUAAAUGUUUGACUUCGU